GCCCUGCUUCUGCGGGUAACAUGGCAAUUUCAAUCAUGUCUAUUCCCCAUACGACUCCAUCUCACUGUUGAUUUCAUUUUUGAAUUAUGUGUCUAUGUUAAACACAAAGUCUAACAUGCUCUAUACUGUUAUACCUCCCAAAGUUUAAGCAGCUGCAAGAUUCUAUUCUCGGAUUGCCACCGCGCAUGGCCUGUCUCACUUGCUAUAGGUAGACACAGCCUCUACAGCACUUCUCCCGAAUGGCUUCAACCGCGCCCCAAUUUUCCGAGGAAGGAUAUCCCACAAUAUCGACUAUCGUGCCUGAGUCUGCCUCAAAUCAUACGCGACACCAAAGCCGUGAUUAUCACGACAAUCGAAACAUAGAAGAAAGCCCUACGGUUCCCGAAGAACCACUCCGACGCAAUUCCGCCUUUUUCGAGGUUGGACUUGGUGGUGAUGAUGCGAUUGUCGACGCGAAACUGAAAGGAACCUCAAGUCCGAAAUCGCACGUCCGCUUUCGAAGCAAAGUUGACAUCGUUGAGCCUGAUCCAGUCGAGGAGUCGGACUCUUUCUCGCUGCACAGACCAUCAAGCGAGCCGAUGCCUUUCCUGUUUCCAACCCUUCCCAGACUUGUCUUCCUGGCAUUUGUCCUUGUUCUCGUGAUACCAAGUCUUCACACCUCUCCCUUGUCAAGAGCCGAUGCCAACCCGGUUGGUCGAAGAGAGGCGGAAACUGAGGAGGUCGAUCAACUGCCUGCAGCAAAGUUCAAGAGAGAUGAUAGCCCAACUACGGUUUGCAAGAGAUGGGGCGCACAGAGCGCCCUUGUGAAUGGUACAUUAUACUAUUACGGUGGGCGGUCGACCACGUCGUCCAGCCAGACAACCGAUGAGUGGAAUAAUGAUUUUCUCGCCCUCAACCUGACAACCUCCUGGGAAAUAUCGUCGCCGACAUUGACCGGAUUGCCCAUUCCGAGCGGACCACCAGCAGUCUCACUGGGCUAUCUCUGGAACUCAUACGACGCUCUAUAUCUUUAUGGGGGCGAAUUCUCCGAUGCACCCGUCACAUCGCCGGUUGCUUUCUCCACCUGGUCAUACGACAUUUCAUCUUCUUCCUGGUCGGAAUCAUCAGACCCUCAAACAAGUUCAGGAACCAAUUCAGAGUCUGGCGGUCAAGCCGUCCAACGAGCUGCUGAAGGCGCCGGUGUGUCUGUACCAAGCCUUGGUCGCGGAUACUAUUUUGGAGGCCAUCUGGAUGGCUACACGACCCCUGGGUGGUCGCAGUCAAUUGCGCGUGUUUACUUGAGUGGCUUGCUGGAAUACACGUUCCCUGGCUAUACAAAUGCCGCAAUCACAGGCACAAGCACGGCUGGCUCGUCAGGAUUGUAUCGUAACAUCACCGAAGGAGGAACACAGGACUCGGAUGGGUUCCCCGAACGCGCAGAUGGCGUCCUUGUCUAUGUUCCCGGCUAUGGCAAAUCUGGAAUAAUUGUUGGACUUGCUGGAGGUACCAAUGCCACUUUUACCCAGAUGAACGUCAUUGACGUCUACGACAUCGAUUCUUCGACUUGGUAUAAGCAGGCAACUUCAGGUUCGACCCCGGAAAUUCGGGUCAACCCUUGUGCUGUGGCGGUUUCCGCGGCUGAUGGCUCGUCUACGCAGAUCCACAUGUAUGGAGGCCAGAAUCUGAUCCCCUAUGGCGAUCAAACUCAGUAUGAUGACAUGUGGAUUCUGACAAUUCCUUCUUUCAUCUGGAUCGAGGUGAACACAUCCGAUCAAGCGACCCCUGGCGGAAGAGCUGGGCAUUCUUGCAACAUCUGGAACGCCCAAAUGGUUGUUGUGGGUGGAUAUGUCGGUGCAGACAUAUCAUGCGACAGCCCAGGCAUCUAUGUUUUCAAUACGAGCUCGCUUUCAUGGCAGAACGACUAUAAUGCGUUGAUAACGACCGAUACUCUGAACAGGCAGAAGGCUCAACAGAAAGAUGCCGCAGCACUUGAAGGCUCUUAUGGAUAUUCGGUUCCAGCACAAGUCCAAUCAGUCAUUGGUGGUGAUGCUUUGGGAGCGGCAACUGUCACUGCGCCAGCCGAAUCAGCAACACAAGGACCUCUGGCAACGGGAAGCGCACUCACAUAUAGUGUCACAUCGUCCGCGGGGUCGACGGCGACUGAAACUGCAAGUUCCAGUUCUAGCACCAGCGGAAGCACCUCUAGCAAUAACGGAAAUGGCAGUGAUGACAAAGGCUCGUCGGGUGGUUCGAACAUUGGAGCCAUCGUUGCCGGCGUCAUAGCUGGACUUCUCGCGGUUCUGGCGUCUUAUCUGGGCUUCUGUGUUUGGCUGUACCGCAAGCAGCUACGGAUCUAUAAGAACCACAUGGACAUGGCACAGAGACAACAUCUAUCCGAUGAUCCCAGAUAUAUUGGAGCCACUGGUGCCGUCCUUCCGGGAUACAGUGACAAGAGUCAGACAGACAGCCGAAACAGCGGAGAUAAUCGAAGUGCAAAUGGCAGUAACAGAUCUGGACCGAGAGCCAACCCGUUGGCCACCAAUAACCCAUACAGAAAUGUUCCUGGUGGUGCUGGAACAGCGACUGCAGCAAGCAGCACCGAAGACCUCAUGGCAGGUCAAGAGCCCAGCUUCUUGGGAGUGGUAUUGAAUCCAAGACGCAGUUUGAGAGUUGUGAACAGGGACUGAGCACUUCGUUUUGGCGAUAGCGGUCAUGAUGUUACGAUUUCCUGUGCAUUGAUCA